AAUGUCCCAUUUCGGGUGAUUAUCAAGCGCAGCGUCGUUUGGCAUUGCAUCAUUGGGGAAUGUAAAAAUAAAAACUCGCAAAUGGUGCAGCCUCCAGCUCCUCAUGCAGUGCUGUGCCAUGUGAUAAGGAAUUUCGCUCAUUCGCUUCCGAUGCCAGUCGUGCGUAUAGCUGCUUUCGGUGAAGUGUUGGUUGUCGCUGUUUGUACAUUCCACCAUGCUCUUCGUUCUGAUUUGGUUACUUUCGUACGAUCCGGUAGUGGUCUCAGAGUACUGCGAAACUAAAGAUCUAAAACCCUUUAUAAAGUCUAUACCAGUGACGGCUACAAAGUUUGUGUCAGCUGAUUACUACUGUUUUGGAAGCAAUACAAUGAGAGUGAAAGUAGACUACAAGACCAAUCAGUGUUUACUGGACUACGAGGUGACAAGGAAGCAGGUAUGCUGUGACGGAUACCACGAGGUGGAUGGUGAUUGUAUUGCAGUAUGCAGCAAAGGUUGCGAAAACGGGCGGUGUACAGCUCCGGAAAUAUGUUCGUGCAACAAGGGUUAUCUCAUGGUGAACGAUCGAUGUGUGCCGCAGUGUACGAGCUGUAACAAUGGGAACUGCGUGGCGCCAAAUCAGUGUGUCUGUGUGGCUGGUUUCGUCAAAAACAAUGCAGGGCUGUGCGUUCCCAAGUGUAAGGAUGACUGCGUGAACGGAAUCUGUAACGAGCUGAACCAGUGCGUCUGCAAGGACGGGUACUUCUUCAAUGAAAAACUGCUGGAUUUUGGCAUCAGUAAUAAUACCGUUUGUACAGCGAAAUGUGAUAGACCAUGUCAAAACGGAUUGUGCAUGGGAAGAAACAAAUGUGAAUGUCUGUUUGGAUACGAAUUAUCUCAGUAUGAUCAGUUUACGUGCAACCCAGUUUGCGAUCCCUCCUGGAUUGACUGUUCGCAUGGACAAUGUGCUGCGCCGAAUAAAUGCAUUUGUGACGUUGGCUAUAAAAUGGAAGCGAAUAAAUGUGUUCCGGAGUGUGAUCCCGAGUGUGAACACGGAAAAUGCGAAAAUCCGGGAGAAUGCAACUGCUGGAAUGGCUACGAAAAGUCUAAUGAGUCUCAUAAAUGCAUUCCAUCGUGCAAUCCUCCAUGCGAAAAUGGCGCCUGCGUAGGCGUGAACCAGUGCAGCUGCCUCAACGGAUAUCGAGAAGUCAAUAGCAGUCAUUGUGAGCCGGCGUGUGAUUCACGCUUCGUCAAUCUGACUAACGGAAGCUGUAUUGCACCGAAUGUUCUACGCUGCGACCCUGGUUAUACACUACAUGUAGAUGAUGAUUCAAAGAUAUCUUGUGAGCUGAGGUGUAAUCCCAAGUGUGUAAACGCUACAUGUUCUGUCAAUGGUUCCUGUCAAUGUUUAGAGGGAUAUCAACUGGUCGCGGGUAGCUCACAUCAAUGCGAACCAGUGUGCGAUCCACCUUGUCAGAACGGCCAUUGUAUCGCUCCGAAUUCUUGUGCUUGCGGGUAUGGAUAUCACAAGACUCAGGCCAAUUCCAACACAUGUUCCUUCUACUGCAACCCAGACGUUGUCGACUGCAUGCUUGGCACAUGUACGGACGUGGACACCUGUCAGUGCCCGGAUGGAUUUGAGUUAACGGAAGGUGCAGACACCAUUCUGAGGUGCACUCCAGUAUGCGAUCCCUCCUGCAUCAAUGGGCAUUGCGUUGAUGCAAAUGAGUGCGACUGUCUGCUCGGAUUCAACAAAGUCAACUCUUCGUAUUGUGAACCGCGUUGCGAUCAACCUUGCUCCAAUGGAAUUUGUAUUGCGCCCAACGUGUGUAGUUGUAGUGAAGGCUACCUAAAGAUCAACGAUUACGAUUGUGAUCCCCAUUGCGAUCCCGAUUUUAUAAAUUGCACUCAUGGUUUGUGCGUUGGUCCUAACAACUGCUCGUGCCAUGACGGAUAUGAGCUAUUCAUUCAAGACAGCGAUUCAAUAGCAAAGUGCAACCCAGUUUGCGAAAACCUUCUGGAAAACACUGUUUGCGUAGCGCCUGGAGAACUCCGUUGCCUUGAUGGUCAUGAAACGAGGGACGAUGGCUCAUGUGGUCCCGUUUGCGAUCACGACUGCGGCGAAGGAGUUUGCGUUGCACCCGAUGAGUGUCGGUGCAAUCCGGGAUAUGCAGUGAUCGAUGAUCCAUGGUGUGUCUCAAUUUGCGAAAACAACUGCACAGCAGAGGCAGGAAACUGCAGCGACAACCAUUGUGUAUGUAACGAAGGCUACGGGAAUUUGGAGAGUCCAUACUACUGUCUACCGAUUUGUAAUGGAUGCAGAAAUGGAAUUUGUGUUGCACCUGAGCAAUGUGAAUGCAAUGACGGAUAUGAGCUAUCCAACGUAACAAUGAACUGCGAUCCCGUGUGCAGUAAUUGCUCGGAAGGCUGCUGUGUUGCUCCAGAGGUGUGUCAUUGCGAACGAUCAGAAAAAAUCGCAACCGAUACGUCGAAAUCCCACUGGGUGAUCAUAUGCUGUUGCCUCCUGGCCACUAUUUUAACUGCAGUAGCUGCCGUUAUGAUUCACAGAUAUUAUAUGAAUAAAAAAUAUAGCCGGACGUAUAAAUGCCAAUACGAUCCUAGAAACGAGAAAGCAUCCAUCGGGUCCACCACGCAGAUUGUUUCGUGAUGUUGAUCAUCAACCCUAAAAGCUUCCAAUCAACCCAUGUGUAAGCACUACUACCCAUCGCACGCCAGAAACUUCCUUUAAUAGUUACCGCGUAUUAAAUUCUCAUUAGUGACAUCGUUUAUUAAAAUUGUUAUUGCACACGCCGAGUGAGGCCGAUACACCCGAGUGAGUUUAAA